AAAGGCUUUGAGUGUUAAAUUACAAGUAUACUCAUAUGCCUCUUUUAAUGCUAUUAGUACAGGUGGUAUCUUUGUUCACUCUUGGGAAUGCACAUAAAAGGGACACGGAGACAUGCUGGUGCUCUUCUUGUUUUCCUUGUUGGAGAGGUUGGACUGGAAUUUUGAUGAAGUAAUCAAGACACAAUAAUGGAAUGACCGAGGGACGGUCUGUUUGUCCUGCGCAGUGUGUGAGCCGCAGCAGAAUAGAGAGCUGGUCACGGAGAUGACUGAACCAAACCUCUGUCAUUGGGUUUCUACACGGUUCCUGUCGGUCUGGGCAGAAAGUGAAGCGGCUUACGUGCCUUGCGCAUGCGCUGUGCAAGACCCAUGAGUAAUGAGCUGGGCAGGAGGACAAAAUAUCGCAUCCAUGGAUUCGAAAAGUUUCAGCGCAUCAGGAGAACCAGCUGAAAUCCCGAUCCGACUCGUGCGUGGUUCGACAAGUGUAAUGUGUCUGUUGGUUAUCCGAGGAAUAAUGUGAACAUUGUGGGGGAAGCCAGCAUUCACAAUUUUAAAACUUUGCUAGACAAAACUUUUUUUGUGACAGGACUGGCUGACCAGAUCUCGGAGCAAGCAACUCAGCGGCCAGACUCUAGCGCUAUCCUUUCUCUGAAGCCAGUGGAUUGGAGCAAAUUCUAUUGUGAUGCUAAAAUGAAGUCGGAAGAGGGAAAGGGCUGACAAACGAUCAAACGUGAAGCUUUCCACGGAAUAGUACACACUAAACCUCAAAAGGGAUGUAUUACGUUUGCACUUAGUUUGUAAUUUUAUGUUUCCAUAGAACUAUAAUGCCGAUUGACUUUGUUUUAAGACUUGGUUACAAAUCGUUUGAAUUUUCAUCGAAAAAUGACCUAAUAUUUACCCUGGCAAUCCCUCGUUACUGUCUGACUAAGAAUUUAGUAAUGCACGGAAAUGAUUUAUCAAACAGGAGUGGACAUUCUUAUCUUGCCAUGUGUGGUUUCUAAGAAGAAGCUGAGUAGGACAGCAAAUAACCACAUUUCUCUGGUCCUCGAUUCGUCUUCUCAAGUGGGCUUUGGUUGACUGAGCCGGAGAGAAGGACUGUCUGCGGUCCUCGCCUCUUCUCGCCUCUGUUGCUGACUAUGGAUAACAGUUUAACCGGCUCUAACAGCACCGUGUUCCAUAGGGGAAAGUCUCUGUAUGUGCAGGCUCGGCUCCAGGGUGGAGCUCCAUGGGGCUUUACGCUCAAAGGUGGCCUUGAACAUGGAGAGGCGCUCAUCAUCUCGAAGGUUGAGGAAGGAGGCAAAGCAGACCAGUUGGAGCAUCCCCUACAGGUGGGAGACCAGGUGGUGAUCAUUAACGAUGUGGAGCUAAGCGGCUUCAGACAGGAGGCCAUCUCUCUAGUCAAAGGCUCCUACAAGACCCUCUGGCUGACCGUCCGCAGGGAGUGCUGCCCUGGUCCGUGCCCUUCAGAGGCCUGCGCCCAGCCCUGCCCGUCCAGCCACAGCACCCCGCGCCACAGCAGAACGUGCUCCGGAGGAGUUCAACUACGCAUCAAGAACAGACGAAGUGAGCCCGCGUCCCGUCCCCACUCGUGGCAUUCCACCAAACUCGCAGACAGCCAGCAGGAUCCCAGCAUGAUGAAAAUAUCCCAGGGCAGCAUGGGAGCUCCCUGGCACCAGAACUACCAUUCCAGUGCCUCCACCACCGACCUCUCCGGCUAUGAGGCUGGAUUCCUGCGGAAGAGCCCGGACCAGUACAGCUCCAGGGGCAGCAUGGAGAGCCUGGACCACCCCAGCCCAGCCUACAGCUCCUGCCAUCAACUGUCGGCCUCCAAGUCUUCCAACAGCAUCGACCACCUGCACAGCAAGCGCGACUCUGCCUACAGCUCCUUUUCAACCAGUUCCAGUAUCCCGGAGUACCUGGCUGCUGCCCCGUCCUUCAGUAACAGGGAGCGCUCCUGCUCCAUGGAGCACGUGCCCCAGACAAGAGGUGCGCCACAGGAGGAGGGGAUGCAGCAGGCGGACAUCCGCUAUGUGCGCACCGUCUAUGACCCACAGCAAGGCGUGUCUGAGGAGCACGAGGUCACGUCUGCCCUCCUGGGCCGAGCUGCUGAUGGGCGGGGACAAGCCCGAGGGGGAGGAGGGGCUUGUCACCGUGGCAGUAGCAGCAGCAGCAGCAGCAGCAGUGGCGGCUCAUCCACCUCCAAUCGCCACAGCGCGGGUCCAGUGUGGGGUUCCCACAGUCGCAGCUCCUAUGAGAGUCUGAAAGGUGCGCCAGCACCUCCCCUACGCAGUGACAGCUUCGCCGCGAUCCGCAACCACGAGCGACCCAACUCCUGGUCCAGCCUGGAGCAGGUCCGUUCCCUGCGCGCCUUGCACAAGGGCUCCUGGCACCAUUCCAGUGGGUCAGUGGCCACAGGGAAGCCCUCGUUCGUGACAGAAGGUCAGCUGCAUACAGUGGUGGAGAAGAGCCCAGAGAGCAGCCCCACCACUCGCCCCAAGCAGGGCUUCCCCCAGGCCUCCCAGCCUGGCCGCCCCAUGUUUCCCACCAGCAUCUACCAAGUGCCCCCGCCCGAGCCCCACUUUGCACAGAUGCCCACCAGCUGCCCCAGCUCAAGCACAGUGUAUCCGGCUCUUGCCAAGGAGAGUCGCUACACCCCCCAGAGAGAACCAGGGGGAGAGGGUGUGGCAGUGGAGAACGGAUACCAAAGCAAUACUCCACAUGGUUCCUCCAGCCCACCUCAUCCAGCAUUUUCCCAGCCCAAACCACUGCCACAAGCCCCGGCAUCCUCCCAGCAUCCUGAGAGGGGCCUGGAGGAGCUCCACGCCAAAUACAGGCCUCACCUGCAGUCUAACAGCUACUGGCCUCCAGCUCCAUCCAUCGGACAGGAAAGAAGAGACCCUUAUACUCCGGUUCAGCCCAGAGGAGAAAGAGCCAGGCAUACCCAGAGCCCAGAGCCCCAAAGCAGCCUCAAACAGAGCAGGGAGGAAGAGCAUGUCAGGAGUCCAGAGCAGAGCUCACAAGCUGAGCCCACGGUGAUGCAGAGCAAAGUGCCACAGGGACAAGUGGCCCAUGGCAACAGAGGUGGCCCCAAUCUCCCUGUGAGGCAUUACAGCGAAUCCAGCGUCUCCCAGGAUCAUGAGCACCUUCUGACACGCCUGGAGAAUGCACUGGCAGAAGUGCAGAGGUGCGCUAGCCCCGAGAGCAGCAGCAGCAGCAGCCAGAACCACUCAGUUGACCGUAGCGUGUCUGUGUUGGAGAGGGUGAGUCGCUUUGAGCGGCGUGAGCCUGGCAAAGUUCGCAGUCAGAGUACCAGCAACGCCUCCUCAACCUCCUACCGUCCAAACCAUACUGCUGCCGGCCCCAAGAGCUCCCUCUCUGGUGUGGAGGACCUUCGCAACAUGCUAGACAGGAACUGUAUCUCUGCCCUUCAAACAAUUCCUCCCAGCUUCUAUUCCAACACCCAAGGGUUUAGUACGGCAUACCAGGAGGGCCACAUGGAGUUACAUCAUAGAAGAGGGAGUAGCGAUCAGGCCCAGCUCAGAUACCUGCCAGAUCCAGCACUGGCCCUGCAGAGAAGCAAAAGUACCUUCCAUUUGGAUGAAGAAAAUGGAACUAGCUCUGAGUGGAAAGAUGACCCCCUGGAUAUUAUAGGUACGAUCCAGGACAGGUCGUACCGGGACAGCAUUAAAGACGCUCAGUCUAAGGUGCUCAGGUCCACCUCUUUCCGGCGGAGGGACAUGAAUCCUCCACCCGUGCCCGUCAAACACCUGUCCCUUGAGAGGAAGGGACCCAAGACCACUCCCAAACCAACGUCCACCUCUCCCCAUACCCCGAAAGAGCGCCAUGUGGUGACACCAGACACGCUGGAAAGGAGCAGUCCUCCAGAACUCCCCAGUGUUCCACCAGUGGGUCCUCCACUCGUGCGGAUCGUGGGGCGCAGUGUUCCACCAGUGGGUCCUCCGCUCGUGCGGAUCGGGGGGCGCAAGCGCCUGACCAUGGACCAGAAGAAGCGCUCCUACUCUGAGCCGGAGAACAUGCACGAGGUCGGACUGUCCGACCCCGAGACUUCCAGGAAGCAGCAGUUCCUCAUCCCGGAGACCAGCGUUGCCGAUCGUCGGAAGAUGUUUGAAAUGGCGUUCAGACGGAAUGCCGGGCCCAAGCCACCAGCCUCACAUCCACAACUGAAGCAGAUGCAGCAGGAUGCUGUGGCUGAGUACAUGAAGCGCAAAACUGGCAAGAGGUCAGAGGGACGCCCCAGUCGUCCCCACAGCGCCUACAUCCAUCCAGCUUCGUGCUCCUCCACUGACUCCCGGAGCCUCUCCUCCACCUCAAGCCUGGCUUCACUGCAAGAGCCUGGGCUAGAGAGUCUGUCCGGGGGUGGCCGUCAGACCUACACUCUUCCGGCCAACCUCCACGGGGACUUCUAUUCUGGCAGGUUGCAUGCGGAGCCCCAACAGGCUGUGUACAGGCCCCAGAGUAAAGCUCCAGAGCCUGAGUGGCUCCAAGAGAGGCAGGUGGACAAAGAAAGACUUGCUUCAGACCCAAGCCUGGCUCAGACAUCUGGUCCAGAUGCACUGUAUCACCUCCCACUCUCCCAGCACCGCGAUGGGGGAUUUGAGAAAGCUGCUCCAGCCCGGAGCUCAGGAAAGUCAGCCUCUGCAGAGGACUUACUGGACCGGCUGGAGAACAGGCCAUCUCCACAGCAUGUCCGGUCCCGCUCCUCGCCCUCUGUAGAGCGGUAUAACCAGGAUUUCAUGGUUGCAGAGCUUAAAUCAUUUGGGCUGAUGUCAAUGGAUCUUGUUCCAUCUGGUCACAGUGCCAACAGGUCUCUGUCGAGUCUGAAGCCUGAGCGCCCCUCUUCAGCCUCAGCGGUGAGAACAGAGCACUACCUACUGAACCAGACCAACUCCCAGGCCCAUGCGCCCGUGGUGCGGAGGGAUCGGCAGCGGCACAGCGACCGCCAGCGUGCCCAGAGCGCCACCGGCCUGGCGGCCUCCGUGGGCCUCCCCUGCCCCUUCUCUCCGCCUGGCAACACUGGCAGCUUGGAGUGGCAGGCAAGCAACAGGCUGUGCGUGGCCAACCUGGAUGCCAUUACCUUCCCCUCCACGCCACAGGGCGGAGCGUCGCGCCACACGAGGAGGGCCUCCACAGGCAUGACCAGGCAGAACUCCAGUGACACCAGCACCUCAGAGGAGACGCUGAAGGACUUUCCCAGCGGCGAACCCGGCCAGUCGGCACCAAAGACACCCCCACCCUCGGAGAAGGGUCUCACUCCCGCCCCACCUAACCUCCCACCCAAAACAUCCCAUGUGGCCCCCGCACACCCCCCACCCCAUUCUCCUGAUCAGUUGCCCCAGCCGUUGCUCUCCCUACGCAUCUCUGAGUCCGCCCUGCGCUACAGUCCUCCGUUGGCCUCCAGCCAAGAAGAUGAUGACGUGUUCCUCCAGGACGUGUCACCUCCCCCCUCCCCCUCGCCACCUCUGCCCAUCCGUGAGACUGACAUCACAGAGGACUUCCCCCCACCGCCACCCCCACUCUCUCUCUCACCCCCUGUAGGAGAGGAGGGCUACAUGGAGCCACCAAUGCCAUGCAUCAGUGCGGAGCCUGUGGAGGAUUUGGUCGUUGGUCAUGGGACAGCAGGAGGGAGUGCUAGCCUCUCCCCUCCUCCCCUGUCUCCGGAGCCCUCACUCAACCCCAGCCUGAGCACCGAGCCCCUGGCUCCCAGCAUCGCUGUCCCAGAAGAGGAUGACGAGAGCCUGGGCCUCGAUCCCCGCCUGCUGUCCAGGAGGGAGAAGUCUGAGGUGGACAGGCGAGUGGAGGCCCUGGCCCGGGAGCUGGUGUCUCGGGACAAGUCCCUGACUCCUCUCCUGGACGGCUGGGCUGGGAGAAGCUCCAUGGAUAUGAUGGAAGAGAUAUUCCCUGCCUACAGACAACGGUCGUCAUGGCAACGGAGAAGGAGCGACGUCAGUCAGGAAGACAGAGGGCCAGAUGAAGUGUGUGACUCCCAGGAGCCCUCGGCCCCAGCCAGCAGGAUGGAGACGGACCUGGACGAGGAGGAAGCUGACCUCACACAGAAGCAGGGGGAGCUGCUGCAGGCGUUGGCCCUGAGUGUUGCGGUGCUGAGGGAGGAGAAGGAGCAGCUGGGGGAGGAGCAGAGGGGCUGCUGUGCUCUGGGGGGCAGCACGGAGGCCCUGGUGCAGGAGCGCUGCAAGCCCAACGAGAGGGACAAGUAUCGCAUGUUCAUCGGGGACCUGGACAAGAUCGUCAACCUGCUGCUGUCCCUGAGUGGCCGUCUGGCCCGUGUGGAGAGCACCCUCACCGCCCUCGAUAGAGAGGCCGAGACCGAGGACAGUGGAGAGGAGAGGGAGACCCUGCAGCAGAAGCGGCGUCAGCUGUGCAGUCAGCAGGAGGACGCUCGUGAGCUAAAGGAGAACCUGGACCGGCGCGAGCGCGUGGUUCUGGACUUCCUCGCCGGCUACCUGACGGCGGCACAGCUGCGCGACCACCGGCGCUACGUGCGCCUCAAGCCCGCCCUGCUCAUCCGCCAGCGCCACCUCGACGACCUCAUCCGUCUGGGGGAGGAGCAUCUGCAGCGCCUGGAGGAGAGGCUCCCCGCUCAGCCCCGCCCCACUGCGGAUGGCCCCGCCCCUCGCUCCACGGCCGUCACCUCGCUCUGACUCCGCCCGCUCACCACUGUGACCGAUGCUGCUGCACACACAGCUGCUACUGAGGAGGACGAGAAACUGAUGAAGAAUGACACUACGAAAAGAAGGGCGGACUGCACCUCAGCGACAUGGCCACUCAUGGCGGACGGGAUGGGAAAGUGCCUUAAGAGUGUGACCACACACACCACACAUAACCACUUUCGCACCCACUCACACACGCUCUUAGAUGAAAGCAGACUUGCUCCAUGUUGCAGUGGGGUCGUACAGAUUGGUUCAAUGGUUAAGUCAGAGACUGGUGCUUCAUGCAUUUACGCAUCUACAUUUUUUCACACCGCCCUCUUUUUGAGGAUGUGGUUCCUGAUUUCAGCCUAUGGCGUUCAAUAAGACGGUCUCAUUCCAGCUGUGUUCUGGUCAGCUGGGUCGGGACACGGGUCUGCUUGAGGCACGGAACAAAGUGCUAACUGAUUGUCUCUGACGGCUGUCCUGGGGGUACGUUUACCCGGCGGCUGCUUUACUGUACUUUGGAUCAAACAUCACCGUGAUUUUGAUGUUCUCUUUCGCGAUGGACAUCGCAGAGCACUUUUAUUCAGGGCAGAUUGACUACUACACGCCCUAAACCACACAGGAGGAGACUGCUCCUCACACCCACAGACGCUUUCAAGAAUCCUUCACAAUAGAAAUAACUUUCUUCAAAACUAUAUCUUUGGAAUUUCAUUCUAAAACAAACUCAAAUGCUGCCAUGACCAACUGCAGUCAUUAUUUAUACAUAAAAAAUAUGUUUGUAUUAUGAAAGUGACUGUACAUAUUAUGUGCCAACAUUUGGUUAUUUGUAAUGUGUAAAAGGAAAAAAAAAACACAUUUUAUAUUGUAUAAAACUGAAGGAAGAGAGAAAUGUCAAUUUUUCUUUGGAAAGAUUGUGAUGUUUCCGAAGAGGUAGGUGAGUUUACACUGGGGCUUUAAGAGACAUGUUGUCACUCGGAACCUUAAGAAACAGCACACAAUGCCAUGGAUGACAGGGUUAUUCUCCUUCAUGUGACAGAAACAUGUCUCGCGUGAGCUGGUCUCCUUAAUGAGGGACUAAACUGCAUCAAACACAAUCCUGUUCUUCAUGAGCUGUCCAGUCCAGAUCGAGGGGCAAAUCCACUGCCCCUGCCCCUGCCCCUGCACACCACCCCAACACUUCCUCUCACUUCUCGUCAUGUUGGAUCUCAACCAAUCACACUGAAGCAAACAUGACGCAUGUGGAUGUAGAAUGCUUCACUGUGGUCAAAUUACAUACAGCUCACACCACUGGAGCACUUCCUCCAAAGCUGUCAGUGUGAGUGCUUUUCUUUUUCAUUUAUUUGAUGUUUUCAGAGCACCUUUUCAACAUUUACAGAGUAUCUUACCAAGUCCUAAUACCUGACUGAUAUAUGAAACACAGGCAAAUUGUCACAUACAAACUAAUUGUCAUGAGCAUAAUUGCCAGCCAUGGUGCCCUCUGCGUUUGACAUGCUUCACUGUUUUGUAAAGGCACAACUGAAAAAUAUUCUGAUUUAAUUGCUGGUUGGUUUCUAAUCUUAUGAUACAGUCUUGCUGUUCACCUUUAUCCUAUGUUGAGAAAAGUGAAGAAGGACUGUUGAAAUAACUGCUCUUCAUUUUGCAAAAUAAAUCUGUUUUUUAAAAAGA